AUGGAAGAACGUGUCGGGAAGGAACAGGUCAAAUGUGGCUCACCUGGAGAUGGUACAAACACAGAGUCUGUUUCAAUCACUGAAGGACAAGCUGGGGAAGCAUACACUUACACCUGCAAUCAUGGCUUCACAUCAGACCCUAAUGACCUGACGGUAGUCUGUGAACUAAACGAUGAGGGAACUAUUGCUAGCUGGUCUCUAACGCCAUCUUCUUGCUCAGAGGUCACAUGUGGCUCACCUGGAGAUGGUACAAACACAGAGUCUGUUUCAAUCACUGAAGGACAAGCUGGGGAAGCAUACACUUACACCUGCAAUCAUGGCUUCACAUCAGACCCUAAUGACCUGACGGUAGUCUGUGAACUAAACGAUGAGGGAACUAUUGCUAGCUGGUCUCUAACGCCAUCUUCUUGCUCAGAGGUCAAAUGUGGCUCACCUGGAGAUGGUACAAACACAGAGUCUGUUUCAAUCACUGAAGGACAACCUGGGGAAGCAUACACUUACACCUGCAGUCAUGGCUUCACAUCAGACCCUAAUGACCUGACGGUAGUCUGUGAACUAAACGAUGAGGGAACUAUUGCUAGCUGGUCUCUAACGCCAUCUUCAUGCUCAGAGGUCAAAUGUGGCUCACCUGGAGAUGGUACAAACACAGAGUCUGUUUUAAUCACUGAAGGACAACCUGGGGAAGCAUACAAAUACAUCUGCAAUCAUGGCUUCAUAGCAGACCCUAAUGACCUGACGGUAGUUUGUGAACUGAACGAUGAGGGAACUAUUGCUAGCUGGUCUCCAACGCCAUCCUCUUGCUCAGAGGUCAAAUGUGGCUCACCUGGAGAUGGUACAAACACAGAGUCUGUUUCAAUCACUGAAGGACAAGCUGGGGAAGCAUACACUUACACCUGCAAUCAUGGCUUCACAUCAGACCCUAAUGACCUGACGGUAGUCUGUGAACUAAACGAUGAGGGAACUAUUGCUAGCUGGUCUCUAACGCCAUCUUCUUGCUCAGAGGUCAAAUGUGGCUCACCUGGAAAUGGUACAAACACAGAGUCUGUUUCAAUCACUGAAGGACAAGCUGGGGAAGCAUACAAUUACACCUGCAAUCAUGGCUUCACAUCAGACCCUAAUAACCUGACGGUAGUUUGUCAACUGAACGAUGAGGGAACUAUUGCUAGCUGGUCUCUAACGCCAUCUUCUUGCUCAGAGGGCAAAUGUGGCAAACCUAAAAAUGGUACAAAGACAAGGCCUGUUGACAUCACUGAAGCAUCCAUUGGGGAUAAAUACUUUUACCACUGCAUAAAUAACUAUAAUUACAAUGGCAGUGCGAAGUUUGAAGUUGAAUGUAUUGCUACUUCAGCCGGAGCUGACUGGUCGCAUGGAGAGAUCGGCCCUGUUUGCAUAUACUCCCCCAGUCAUGAAGUGUAA